GGGGCUAAAAGAAAUUAUUUUCUGAUCAAAAUUCCGUUUUUCAUCGAAUAACAUCAACAAAUGGAGUAGUUUGCUCCAUAUUUUUGACAUAGCUAUAUAUAGAUUUGAAUAUAUAACAAUAUGUUCUCCCCAUAUAGUCAUUCUGGUUUUUUCAAUGCACCAGUCAGCAAAGGGUUCCUGGGAACAGUCGUUGUGGCAUCCUUUGCCCUUAACGUCCCUUUCCAGAAUUAUUGUCGGCAUCUAUUUUUGUACAGCUACGCUGGAAUAUUUGAGAAAUUCGAGAUCUGGAGAAUUAUCACAAGUAAAGUGGCCUUUCUUGACACAAAGGACUUGAUAUGUGGCACAUUGCUGAUAUAUUACUUCCGUAUUUUUGAAAGAAAAUAUGGGUCGACUAAAUUUGCUUCCUACCUGAUUGCGACAUGUACUCUCUCCACUGCUCUGGAACUGUUGGCAAAGACAGCUUGUGAAUACAUCACGCUGAAUAUUGGCGAUCUUCCUUCUGGCCCGUAUGGUUUCAUCUUUCCUCUCUUCGUACCAUAUUUCUGUGACAUUCCUCGAGUAGCUAUGACUCACAUAUUAGGUAUACCAGUCACCGGAAAGUCUUUCAUGUAUAUACUGGGACUUCAGAUUGCCAGUACGUCACCAGAAUCAAUCAUAGUUGGAGUUUGUGGAAUUUUGUCUGGUUUACUGUAUAGAUUAGACUUAGGGAAAAUUCAAGGAUGGUUUAAGGUGCCCACACGUCUAGCCAAUGUUGCUGCCAAAACACUUGGAUGGCUCCUACGGUCGCCCCCACCAAUGAAUCAGUCGGGGAUGGGCGCAACGCUCGAGAUUCAGAGACAACAACAAAUGGAGAGGAUGGAACAACAAUUAGCGCGAGCAAGGCAGCGUGAUUUUAGAAAUCGAGGUAUUCAAAUAGGAAGGCCACAGCCAAUGAAUCCAGAAAUAUUUGCCAACAACUUUCAGAAUCACAUACGGGAAUUACGAAAUAGACAACCACCACCAGCGGACCCUGUCCCUGGGCCGUCAGGGCUACAGGCUACACCUGCAGCUGUCCCUGAAGAGCAGGUCACUAGACUCACCGAAAUGGGUUUUGAAAGAGACAAUGCCCUUCAAGCGUUGAGGGCGACUAACAAUGAUAUUAACCUGGCCAUGAACAUAUUAUUACAAGACUCAGCUUCGUAGGGGUGUUAAAAUUCAUUGGAAGGACUUUACUCACCGUGCUGUAAACUCAAUUGUUUUCAUGAGCCUGGUAUUUUCACGAGAGGGGGAUUUAGAUGUGUGGAUCAGAGGAGGUCAGUGUCACUGACCUUGGCAUGAUAUAUACACAAAACUACAUGAGUGGCAUUUCUGAGGUAUCGGGUUUCCUUGCCAAAGACCAUCACGAUAUGUAGUAACGCUAAAGCCUGAGCACUUCUGACCAGGACCCAUGGAGUGGAGUGAGCCCAGUCAGACAAAUGGACCCGUCUAGAGUCUCAUGCCGGCUGUGGGGUUUGCACCAAGGAACUCUUGUCUGAUAAACGAGAAUCUUGAGCCAAUAGUCCAUUGGCAUUGCUGAAUGAAAAAAGAGGACAGUUUUAUGCAGUACUUCAUGUAACUCAGAGAGAUAAUCCAAGAAGAGGCUUGUAAUUUGUCAACUUUUUGAAUUAUUUUUAGGAAAUGAAGCGAGCCGAAAUCUGAAAAUAAUAUAACCGUGAACAAGUCAGACUGUGAAAAUAAAGGUGUUUAUACGCAGGAAAGUUGUUGAUCAGGAAAUUACAUCUCGUCUGUAAAAGACUUUUAAAAUAUGUUCAUACGAUAGAUGUGUAUUUUUCAGAUGGGAAUAUGUUUUAGUCCAGGCUGUUCAUGCAGUGCUUUCACUGUGAACAAUCAUUGGGUGAUAUGAAUAAAGGCUAGCAAAUGCUUUUACUUCAAUUUUGUACAGAAAGGCCAAGUGUAAAUGUACAUGGAGUUUUAGAUAAAAGCAUUUACUACUCUUUAUUCAUAUCACCCAUUGUUGAUUCUGUGUGUCUGAAUUAGUGUAAUACAUGUAUCUGUCAACUUCCAAUUCACUUCAAUGUACCAUUGGGGAUUGUGUUGAACAAAUAAAUACAAGCAAGCCCGAUCAUGCUUUGGUGUUUCAGAAUCGGCAAUAUUUCAGAAUAGGCUUGAUGGUUUGCUGUUGCUGCUAAAUGGGUGAAACAGUUAAAGAAAACAGCUCUUCAAUAUCACUAGGUGUCUUGAUGUGCUUUUGCUCAAUAUUUGGCCAGUAUUCUUUUCAACAUCAUGUCAUUACACACCUGUAAUUGCAGUUACGGUUGCCCUAAAAACCACAGUGUUUCUCAUAAUAUGAGACCACACAUUCGCUUGCCUUCCAUGAGAACGAUCCUAUCACAAUAUUCGGAGCAACUGCAGAAUACUCGGGACACUCUGUGCUAAAUGAUAGGAAUGUGUACUUAAUGUAAAGAGGGACAGAGUGUACAUAAUGUACAGAGGGACAGAGUGUACAUAAUGUACAGAGCUACUACUGUCCCGGCUAUUCUGCAGUUAGGCCCAACAUUCUGGUGUGACUUUGACCUAAAAGGACCGAUUUGGGAUGUGACUAUUAUAUUCAGAGGUCAUGCUAUCUCUCUCUGUGAAACAUCAUUGUAAGGAUGAUUUUUAUGAGUUUUAAUCACAACAGGGUAAUGUUAGGCUCACACAGGCCUAUUAUUCAAAGAACUAUAAGUGAGGGUUCAUUUUAAUUUCCAACAAAAAUGGACGUUUGUGGAAGAUGAGCAUGGCGGGGAAUAGACGCUUUCAUCGAUCCCCGCUGUUGCUUGAGGUGGCAGUACAACUUAACCCUACAAAGAGAAAGUGCUAGCAUUUGUUAUUGAGGUUCAGAUGGCUCUUUCUGGCUAUGUUUUCUACAGACUCUGUUCACAGCAGGAUAAUGAUAAAUGGAUUAAUAAAAAUGAUAUCAAAUUUC